AAAAAAAAAUAGGCCCAAAAACCCAGAAAACAACCAGAGAUAAAGGCGACGUGGCUGAUUAAAGCCAUUCCUCGGAGCUCAAACUUUGAAACAGAAACCAAAACACGACAUUUACGUUUUUACGAAGUCUUAUUAUUAUAACCUCUGCUGCGUUCAAUUAGCUGUCGUGGUUACAUCUUCUUCUAACUCACAAAGCUGUUGUACUUUUGUCUUUUUUUCAGAAACUCUGAUUCAGUAAAAAAAGAAUCUUCAAAUCUCUCUCUCUCGAGAGACCAGAUUCUCUCAUCCGGAUUUGGAUUGAAACCCUUUUGCUUUUCGAGAAAUGUCGGACGGCACAGAUCAGGCUCAACCACCGCCGGAGAACACUUCUAAUCCGGUAGAUCCGUCGAAGUCACGGAAGCGUGCGACCCCUGGGGAUGAUAAUAAUUGGCUUCCUUCUGAUUGGAGAACCGAAGUUAGGGUUCGAACCUCCGGCACUAAAGCUGGUGUUGUCGAUAAGUUCUACUACGAACCUAUUACGGGUCGUAAGUUCCGGUCCAAGAACGAGGUUUUGUACUACUUGGAACACGGGACGCCUAAAAAGGCCGUCAAGAAAGCGGAUAACAACGGAGACCUGCAUCCUGAACAUUCUGAAGGUCGAGGAAGCAGUAGUAGGCGGCAGACCAAGUCCAACAAAAAAGCUAAUGAGCCACCGCCACCGCCAAAGCCUGUGAACUUUGAUUUUAUGAAUGUGCCGGAGAAGGUCACUUGGACGGGGACUGAUGGUUCAGAUAAAGCUUGGUGGCCUUCCAUUGGGGACUACAAGAUUCAAGAAUCUGUCAGCCAAGAUUGGGACAAAGCAUUCACUCUUGUCACAACCCGAAACGCUUGGAAACCAAUGUUUUAGAAGAAGAUUGCUGCUGCAGCUCAAAUAACAGAAGCGCUAGAGAAUCAUAUCUAUUUGGUACUUUGGAUUUUGCUUUCAUUUGUUUAACAUGUGUAAUGUAGGUUAAUGAUAUUUUAAUUUGGGUUGUAAUAUACUUUAUAACGUUUCGUAGAGAUUUUGAAGGCAAUGUAUGUCAAAUAUUAUUGCCUUUGAGAGAA